AUGACCCUAAAUAUUUCCAGACACCUCUUUGUUGACUCGGACACACGUAGCCGUCAGCAAUGGUGCCCAAAAGACGUCCUAGAUCUUUGCGGAGAUGACCGCUGCGUUGGUUAUGCCCCCAGCAAGGGUCGCAAAUGCCAUGCACGCAUAGCUUAUUGGUCCCGGAGUACGAUGGAAUCAAUCAUGGACGAUAUGUCACAACAGCCGCCCGAUCCUACCAUUCUGCGGCCCCAGCUCGAACAUCUCGCUAGCUAUGGACUCUGUGUACGUUACCAUCAACGACAGAUUGAUUCCAUGGUGCGAAAAUGGAGCAGCAAGAUAUACGCAGCUUUCCCCACUGGCAGGGCUCCAGUCAGUAAUCUAUGGCCAUCCAACAUGACGGCAUCUUCCAUAUCGUCCACUACGCCUCCUCAGCUUGAGAAUCUCCGCGACAUGAUACAGGAGACAAUGAGAUGUACGAAUGAGCUCUUGGAGAUCGUAUCGAACAAUCAUCCACCAGUCCAGACAAUAUCCAUGGCUAGCACCUCAGUAUCUGAAAUCUCUUCACCAGCGCCGUCCCGACGUUCCUCUAUACCAUCCGACUCGAGUGAAGAUACUGCCAUUUCAUCAACCAGUGAUUCCGCAGAAUCGACACGUCAGACCACCACUCCACCAAUUUCUACCUCUCCGAUUCCAAGAACAGCUACACCCUCGUCCGUAGACGACACAACGGAACUCCUACCAUCAUCACGACCCUCUCCCCAACCACAACCUUGCACCCGUCCUCACGCCCGCCUUAUCCUCCUCUCCGACCCCUGCCCAAUCUGCCACGAAGGCGGCCCUCUCUCCUCCUCCCCCGCUACAGACUUAGUCUGGUGCAAAUCCAGCUGCGGCCGCCCCGUCCACAAAUCCUGCUUCGAAGCGUGGCGCACACAACGCGAAAACGACGGCGAGGACCCUACCUGCGUCAUCUGUCGCGCAGACUGGGAUGAUGAGUGCGACUGCCAAGGUUGUCAUCAUGUUCCGCGGCGAUCCGGCGACACGGCGUGCGCGAUAUGUCUUGAUGGGCUGGACGCGACAUCAGAGGCUGAAGAAGGAGGGACUGUAUGGUGUAAAGACGGGUGCGGUAAGAGUGUGCAUAAGACUUGUUUUGAGGUUUGGCAAGGACAUUGUGCGGAUGCUGGGAGGGAUGCGACGUGUGUGAUGUGUCGUGCGGCUUGGAAUACUGACUGCUCAUGUUAG